CAAGUCAGACAAGUUGAGGGUGAGGAGUGCAGGAGCGAUCAGGGAAAAGUCAAUACAGACAGGCGGUUUAGAGUUGAAGCGUCAUACAGUUCAGUGUCCUUCAGCUUUACACCAACUUCUGCCUUAAUGCAGGAGUGACCUGAAACAGUGCGAGGCUUAAAUAGCAAUAAGAGGCACGUUAGAGUGGUGCAGGCCGCUGGCGUGGAGAAGGAAAGGGAGGAGAACAUAGCCUAGCUAGAGAAACGCCGGUGAAGAACAGAGAAAAUGAAGAAGAUCACGCUUCUGCUGAUCGUGUUGCUUGGACUAACACACUUCAUCUCGCUUAGUCGGUGUGAGGAAGAUGAUGAUGUUGGUGAAAAGGUGGAAGAGGGAGAUGAUGACGAUGGUGAUGGCGAUGAUGAUGACGACGAUGACGAUGAUGAUGAUAGCACUGAGGUCAAAGAGGAGAACGGAGUGCUUGUUCUAAAUGAUGCCAACUUCGACACUUUCAUAGAAGGCAAAGACACCGUGCUGGUGGAGUUCUAUGCACCGUGGUGCGGCCACUGCAAGCAGUUUGCCCCCGAAUAUGAGAAAAUUGCUCAAACGCUCAAAGAGAGUGAUCCACCUAUCCCUGUGGCCAAAGUAGACGCUACUAAAGCUAAUGCUCUUGCAAGUCGGUUUGAAGUGUCUGGCUAUCCUACCAUCAAAAUUUUGAAAAAGGGAAAGCCGCUGGAAUACGACGGAGAUCGAACUGAAAAGGCGAUCGUUGAGCGGGUUAAAGAAGUUGCAAAGCCAGACUGGAAACCUCCUCCAGAGGCCACCUUGGUGCUCACGAAGGACAACUUUGAUGAUGUGGUUGAUAACGCUGACAUCAUUUUGGUGGAAUUCUAUGCACCCUGGUGUGGUCACUGUAAACGACUCGCUCCUGAAUAUGAAAAGGCUGCGAAGGAGCUCAGCAACCGCACUCCUCCUAUACCACUGGCUAAAGUUGAUGCAACUGUAGAGAAUGACAUCGCAUCCCGGUUUAACGUAACUGGAUACCCAACACUCAAAAUCUUCAGGAAGGGCAAGGCCUUCGAGUACAACGGACCACGAGAGAAAUUCGGUAUUGUUGAUUACAUGAGUGAGCAAUCUGGCCCACCAUCCAAACAAGUCCAGGCCCUGAAACAAAUUCAAGAAUUAUUGAAGGAUGGCGAUGAUGCUUUGAUAGUUGGCGUGUUCUCCAGUGAAGAGGAUGCUGGCUAUGAGGUCUAUCAGGAGGCGUGCAACAGUCUGAGAGAUGACUACAAAUUCCGGCACGUGUUCAGCAGUGAAAUAGCCAAAUUCCUCAAGGCCUCACCUGGACAGGUGGUCAUGCUCCAGCCUGAGAAGUUCAGGUCAAAAUUUGAGCCUUCAUCUCAAGCCUUCACUAUUAAAGAUUCCACUACUGCUUUAGAACUUCAAGAUUUCUUCAAGAAACACACCCUGCCUUUAGUCGGACACAGAAAACCGAGCAAUGAUGGAAAGAGAUACACGAAACGGCCGCUGGUGGUUGUGUAUUAUGGAGUUGACUUCAGCUUUGACUAUAGAGUCGCCACUCAGUUUUGGAGGAGCAAAGUUCUGGAGGUGGCGAAGGAUUUCCCUGAGUACACUUUUGCUAUUGCUGAUGAGGAAGACUAUUCUGAUGAGCUGAAGAGCCUUGGUCUGAGUGAGAGCGGGGAGGAGGUUAAUGUCGGUAUUCUUGCCGAAGGAGGAAAAAAGUAUGCAAUGGAACCGGAGGAAUUCGACUCGGAAGUGCUUCGGGAAUUUGUUGUGGCCUUCAAAAAAGGCAAACUGAAGCCCAUUAUCAAGUCGCAGCCUAUUCCUAAGAACAAGGGACCCGUGAAGGUGGUCGUCGGCAAGACAUUUGAUGAAAUUGUUCUGGAUACGAAGAGGGACGUCCUUAUUGAAUUCUACGCACCGUGGUGCGGUCACUGUAAAAAACUAGAGCCUGAUUAUCUUGCUCUUGGGAAGAAAUACAAGAAUGAGAAAAACCUAGUGAUCGCCAAAAUGGACGCUACUGCCAAUGACGUGCCUCACAACAGCUACCAAGUAGAGGGAUUCCCAACAAUAUACUUCGCUCCGAGCAACAAGAAGCAGAGUCCCAUCAAAUUUGAAGGUGGUGAAAGGAAUGUUGAGAGCUUGAGCAAAUUCAUUGAGGAACAUGCAACAAAACUAUCACAAAAGAAAGAUGAACUCUAGACGUUUUCUUCGGAAACCAUGAACUUUAAUAACUUCAGAUACAGGAAGUGAUCUGGAGUGGCUGAUGAUGCAGACCAUGGAAGUCUGGUUUGAUUUUGUUGUAACCUUUUGUUCCUGAAAGCAGAAUCUUCUUUUCCAUUCCAAAGCACGCACUGUUUAUUAGGUUUCUUUUCAAAAUCUUUUUAAAUAAAAAAUGUGAAAAUGGGGAA